AAACAAUGGAAAGAAGGUUUCUCUAGAGUGGAGAUCUGUAAAACAAAUAUUAUUGAGAAAACGGAGAAAGGCUGGAUUCUGCCGUCCUAAAACAUUAGAAGAGUUAGCAGGUUACUUGUUGAAAAAUUCAAAGUUAAAACUCAUUUUUAAAGGUGUAGUAAAGCAUGGAACACAAAUGGCAUUACUCUUCUCUACGGAUAAACUUAUCAGCGAAUUAAAUAGACAAACUGAAGUUUAUAUGGAUGGAACAUUCGAAGUUUGUCCCAAAAUUGCAAAAAUCUGCCAACUUUACACAAUUGUGAUGCGUGUAAAUGACAAGAGUGUUGGAGCUGUAUUCAUUUUGAUGACUAGGCGAACAAAAUUGUUAUAUAAAGCAGUUUUAAUUAAAAUUCAAGAACUUUGUCCAAAUUUGAAAAAUAACCUAGAACACAGCAUGCUUGAUUUUGAAUCCGCUGUCCAAACAGCAAUAAAAGAAUUAUUUCCAAAAUGGCAAAUUCACGGUUGUUGGUUUCAUUCAAAAAAGGCUAUGAAAAAACGUUGGAAAACUUUAAAAUUAAAAGAAGCAGAUAAUAUAAUUUUAAAUUACGCAUGCUGUCUGGCAUUAGCGCCGGCUGAACGUUAUUAUGAUGGUUUAGAAAUAAUCAAGAACAAAAUUUAUGAAUAUAAACGUGUUUAUCACCCGAAACUAAAAAAAUUCAUUAAAUAUUUGAAACAAUACUGGGGAAGAAGGAAAGCAAUUUUGUGCGUUGGGCAUUUACCUCAUCGAACCAACAAUCUCUGCGAGUCACAAAAUAGCAGACUGCAAAGUAAAUUAGGAGGAAGUCAUCCACAAAUAUGGAACUUUACAGUUCAGUUGAAAAAAACAUUAGCUAUAGAGGAAAGAAGGUUAGUUGCUUUGCAUGCAGGACAGUUUAUUGGUACAGUCAUGACCGAAAAUGAUAAGAGGAGAGACAGAAUAAUAUUUAGGGCUCAAUUAAAUUUAUUAAAUACAGGUGAUCUGGAGGAGUUUUUCAAAACUUGCGUAGACGCAUAAAAUAAAUAUUUUCUUUCAACAAUUUCUUUACAUCAGUGGUUUCUACAACCCUUAAAUUUUUUUAAAGAGAAAAUCAAUGGAAAAAAGUAAAUAAGCAACAUAAAUUUUUAUAUCAUAGUUGCUCAACUUUAGAACUUUUAAAAAA